AUGAAUGUCGCAGUUUGGUGCAAUUGGAUGCAAGUUCCGACACGACAUUCGCUUUCCGAUUUGACAUGGUUCAUCAUUACUUGGUCGAGCGUUUCUUGGGUCUUCGCGGUUGGGCUGCCAGCUGGUUUGGUUGCAUGCCUGAGCUCUCGAUCACCUCCGAUUACCUUUCUCAGGGAAAAUGUGCAAUGUGCUGGGCCAGAGCAUCGCUGA